AGUCCAUUAUUGGGCCUCGUGUUGGAGGAAGGCCCCUGAUCUGAUGGUAUCAGUGCCUCAGGGCGAGGGAACGGAGCAAGUGAGGAGAACAAAUGGUAUCAGGCAGCCUGAGCUGAAAAACAAGGAUCACUAUCUCAGUGAGAGCAGCCCAGAGGACAUAAACACGUAGAUAUAUAAGUCAACUCAUCGGGCAGCACCUGAAGACCGACCACCUGAAACACAAAGGUAGGAGCCACCUGAAUGAUGGAAGACAAGGGAGAAAAGAACGGAGUGGCGGCCAUGGCAGCCUGCUACCAAAAAUUUGAUCCUGCAGCGUACCUGCAGUACAACUACACUCCUCCACGAGCUGAUUUCACAAGAAAAGACAGCAUCGUUCCCUGGAAACUGGCCUGCCUGCACAGAGCUCUCACUGAAGGCGAUGUGAGCGGUGAGCUCCUGGUGGACAUUGGCUCAGGCCCCACUUUGUACCAGGUGAUGAGUGGCUGUGAAGUCUUUAAAAAAUUGAUCCUCACAGACUUCCUGGAGGUGAACAGGCAGGAGUUGAGGCGCUGGCUGCAGGAUGAGGGAAAAUGCAGUUUGGACUGGACACCUUACUUGGAGCACGUCUGCAAACUGGAGGGGCGACGGUCCUCAGCUUGGCCAGAAAAAGCCGCCAAGCUUCGUCAGGUUGUUGCAGACAUCCUCCCCAUCGACGUGCACUGCUCCCAGCCUUUGGCCCCUGACGCCCUUCCUUCAGCCGGGGCCGACUGUCUGGUAUCCUGCUUCUGCCUGGAGAGCGUCAGCCCCGACAUGCCUGCCUUCACCAGGGCCCUGGGCAACAUCCAGAAGCUCCUCCGGCCUGGGGGCCACCUGCUGCUCAUUGGAGCCCUGGGGGAGAGUUAUUAUUUCGGGGGGCCUGGGGUACGGAUCCCCGUGGUCCCACUGGAUGAAGCCCAGGUGUGUUCGAGCCUGAAAGAAAGCGGCUACACCCUGAUCCGGCUGGAGGUUUACACACUGUCCCAGGACAUGAGGGUCGGGGUUGAUGACGUGACAGGAGUGUUUUUUGCAAAAGCAAAGAGGGAUUAAUUAAAUAAACAGCUAAAAAUUAUGAAAGAAGUUGUUGCACAGUUAAAAAUAUUACAAAUUAAGCAAGCAUAAAUGCACUGCUUUUCUUUGUUUUAGGAUUUUUUUUGUCUUUUUCUAUCUUGAGCAACAUAAAACUCCUUUAUAUUGCCUYACUAGUGUUCAAAGAUGAUUAAAGACUGCCUCCUCCAGUUCAAACCCAGCAACUACAGGGCUACGAUGGUAGAUAUCAACAUUUCUACUCAUUCAGUGAAUCUCAUAACACUUUCUUUAGAAAGUGAAUUCUAACAACAUUGUUUAGUCAGCUGUUAGUUUUCUGUAAGAUAAAAGUUUGUGUAUCUGUUGUCACCUUUGCUUCAACAAAUAAAAGCAAAUGAAAUGUC